AUGAUUAUCAUCAUCAUCAUCUCCUUCCUAGUCGUAUCCGACAAAGGCGACUCCAUUAACAAUUAUUGUCCAGGUGAUGGAAUGGAUCUGAUGUGGCUCGCAAACCCAAACUUGGUCUUGAAGAUGCGGUCACACGUCGCACAGUGGAGCUAUCCAGACGGGUUGCGGGAAACGAAGUGGAAAGGCUCAAAAUCCAAAGAUAUAGGAAACGACUACCAGGUUAUAUAUCACGGCACAGACAAUAAAAGAAACGGAGUGGCAAUAGUGCUCGACAACAACUUCAAAGCGCGAAUAAUAAACAUCACACGCAAGAGCGACCGCUUAAUUGCAAUCAAACUGGCUCUAGAUGACCAGCAGAUCACCAAUAUAAUCUCAGCUUACGCCCCACAAUCAGGGUGUACAGAUGUAGAAAAAUCUGAUUUCUGGGAUGACUUCGAUGAUUUGAUCCGUAGCAUACCUAUAAAUAAAUACAAGAUAAUUGGAGGGGAUCUGAAUGGACAUGUGGGAGUUAGCAACACUGCAUAUGAGAAGACUGUCCACGGAGGGUACGGAAUGGGCGAAGUGAACAAACAAGGAGAAACAAUUCUAGAUUUUGCGGCAAGACACUCGUUAAGCCUGAUUAAUACAAACUUCCAAAAGAAACUGGAACAUUUGAUCACCUACAAAUGCGCAGGAAAAGUCUCACAAAUAGACUUUAUAGUCUCAGUGCGCUGA